GGUUUUGGUUAAGCGGAGCACACGAAAUGGGUGCAGCAGGGGCACAGCUUCUGUAGGUGCAACGUGGCUUUUCUCUCCUCUGCGUGCUGUGCCAAGCAUUGUGCUGAAGCCUGCACGGUUCACCCACGUGGUGCUACAGGCUAUUUGUUCUUUUUCAGGAGAAUUCCCAGCUGUUUCACACACUUACUGAAAUCCAAGCAGAUUUUCUUGUCUUAUUUUUGGUCUUGAGCGAAUGAAACAUGUGUUGACCUGGCGGUGUUUGAAGGAAUAACUCGCUGUGUAUUAAUGACAGAGAUUGCCAUCAUGUGGGCUAAUCUGAAACAAAGGGAAAAAUAAGACUGAGUUCUGAUUUUAUGUACAAAGUAAAUUAAUAAUAUCUCUAUUGCCCUAAAUAGAGGAUCACUACAAGUUAAUCUGUUAUUUUUUCAUGAUUGUUUAAUGAUUUAUUUGUACUGUGGUAACAUCUAGUGGCCCCACUCAUGAGUCAGGCUCGUAGAUUUAUAGAUGUGCUGCAACCAUUCAAGAAAGUGUUUAUUAGCAUCCUGUCAGCAAUUGCAUAUGACUGCAAGAAGCAGAAGGAGACAAAAAAAAAUGUAUGGUGCAGAAACAAUUAUUAGAAUAAUGCCAAUUAUUCUGUGGUAAGAUGGAUGAGAAUGUAGUAAUUGGUAUUGAAAGAUAAGACGUACUCCACAUUAUCCUCCACUCCUGCUUACACAAGGUUUGCAAAUUUUUCUGCUGAAUUGUCUCAACUGCAUCUUCAGAUCGAUCCCAGAGACACAUCUGUCAGGUCUUAGUACUUUUUUAGCUACCCCUUCCUUUUUAGGCCCCAUGCUUUCCAGAGGUGUUUGCAUGACCAACUGAUGUUCAGGAUUGUCACUCCAGCAAAUAAGACAGGAGUGCUGUGAUACCAACCUUGAAUUGAAGCACGUCUCAAGCCUACAGUCAGUUAAGUGAUUUAUGUUUCACAGUGUCAUUGAAAAGUAUUGAAUUUGCUUUAGAUGCCUUAUAAAAUAUUAUGAAACCAGUCUUUGCUAGUCUUUUAAGAGCUUGUGAAAUUUCAUUCCUUAUUAAAUUUUUGGACUUCCACUUAUUAAUUUCUCUUAUGAAGGCUUCUGAUUAAUGUUUGGAGCUCUGUGGUUUUAUGGAUUUACACUGCUGUAUGUAUUGUAUUGCAGUCAUUUUGUUAAGGGAGCCAGACAUGGUAACUUAAGAAAUGUAAAUUUAUGACUUAUUAGACCAUUUGUAUUUUAAAAAGCGAAGAACUGCAAAUACUCUAGAAAACAUGGAUGUAUUAAUAAUGUUUGAUAGCCCUUUGCUAGCACUGUACUUAAUACAGAUUUUAAAGGUAAUAGAGUUUUUACCAUUUUUUGCUUCUGGUUUAUGAGACUUCCAGAGAGGCUGCUUUGGAGGGAUUACUUGUGUGGUUGAGUUUGGGAGUUUUACGUGCUUGCAUGUUUGGGAAAAACAGAGGACUGUUUCUGAUGUUAUUUUUUUUUUUUCACAUAGGGCUUGAAUUCUCAUGAGAGGACUUCCCAUCCUGGGAUCUGCACCAGUGUCCCCACCCACAAGCAGGUGUCCUGGGCUAAGGGGUGCCCCCAGGUGCCCCCCCAGCCUUUGCAGCAACCUGGCCAGCCUGCCAGCCUGGAAAACUCCACAACUCCCUGGCCUAAGACCUCAGGUCAACCUUGAGCUCUCCCUGAACCCUCAGCAGCCAAACCUUCAGGAGGGAGGAUGCUUUUAGGGCGUUGAGAGACUACAGAGCUGAGUGAAGAGAGUUUGGACCUUAAAAGCAAAAUGAGCUGAGGCUUUAAUUAACAGAGCCACAGAGAAAGAAAUGAAGAAUGAUUGUGGAGAGCAGUUCACGAUGUUAUGCCAUCAGCUAGUGCUUGUCUUCGGACUCUCGCUAGCUAUCGGGGUGUGUGCAUCAAGGAGCUGCUACUCAGAAGCCCAAGUCUCCAUAUAUUUUUUCUGCAACCUCACAGAUAUUCCAGUUGUGCCAAAGGAUACGGUGAAGCUUUUCCUAACUUACAACUAUAUCAGACGAGUGACUGACACUUCGUUUCCGCUGCUGGAGCACUUGUUGUUGCUGGAAUUCGGAACGCAGUUGGUCUAUCCUGUCACCAUAGGGAAAGGAGCUUUCAGGAACCUGCCAAACCUGCGUAUCUUAGAUUUGGGAUACAAUAGGAUUCUUCGACUGGAUCUUGAUGCUUUUGUAGGCUUGCCAAGUCUGACUGUACUCCGCCUGUUUCAGAACUACCUUGGAAAUUCCAUCCUUGAGGAACGUUACUUUCAAGAUUUGAGAUCAUUAGAAGAAUUGGAUCUUUCAGGGAACGAAAUCACCAAACUUCAGCCUCAUCCAUUAUUUUAUAAUCUGACAGCCUUGAAAACUGUGAACCUGAAAUUCAACAAGAUAUCCAACCUGUGUCAGAGCAAUCUUACCAGCUUCCGAGGAAAACAUUUUUUGUUCAACCUCAGUUCUAAUUAUUUGUACAAGGCAGAAAGUGUGGACUGGACCAAAUGCCCAAAUCCUUUCACAAAUAUUACAUUUAACUCACUAGACCUUAGUGAAAGUGGCUGGAGCACAGAGCUAGUCCAGUAUUUCUUUACAGCCAUUAAAGGGACUCAAAUCAGUUCUUUAAUAUUUAGGGAUCAUAUAAUGGGUUCGGGAUUUGGCUUUCAAAACUUAAAAAAUCCAGAUAAUUAUACUUUUGCAGGACUAGGAAGAAGUAAUCUCAUUUCCCUUGAUAUUUCAAGGGGUUACAUUUUCUCUCUCAAUUCUUUAGUCUUUCAAAGCCUUGGUAAUCUGGAAGUGCUGAACCUUUUCAAAAACAAGAUAAAUCAAAUCCAAAGGCAAGCAUUUUUUGGCUUGGGCAACCUAAAAACUCUCAAUCUCUCAAGUAAUCUUUUAGGUGAGUUGUACGAUUAUACUUUUGAGGGCCUACAUAGUGUAGCAUAUAUUGAUUUACAGCAGAAUCAUAUUGGGAUGAUUGGUGAAAAAUCAUUCCAUAACUUAGUAAGUCUGGAAAUAAUUGAUCUCCGAGACAACGCCAUUAAAAAGCUCCCUUCCUUUCCACGUCUGACAUAUGCCUCUUUAGGUGACAAUAAGCUAAUGACUGUAGCUUACACAAGAAUAAAUGCAGUGUACCUAGAUUUAGAAAGAAAUUGGUUGGCAAAUGUAGGUGACCUGUAUAUUCUUUUCCAAGUUCCAGAACUGCAAUAUAUCUUCCUAAAACAGAAUCGGUUCUCUUACUGUGUGAAAAGUGAUAAUGCUAUUCAAAAUAGUCAGUUAGUCUAUAUGGAUCUGGGUGAAAAUAUGUUACAGCUUGUGUGGGAGAGAAAUUUAUGUUUGGAUAUGUUUGGGGCACUGUCCAAACUCAAGGUUCUCCAUCUGAAUAACAACUACCUCAGUGCUCUUCCACAAGACAUUUUUAGAGGUCUGACAUCUCUAAAAACCCUUAAUCUGGCUUCCAACCUGUUGUCUCAUCUUUCUCCUGGGCUUUUUCCAGAGAGCCUAAUGACCCUCAACUUAUCUGGAAACCAGCUGCUUUCCCCUGACCCUGAAGUCUUUAUGACUUUGAGUAUUCUGGAUAUAACACAUAAUAAGUAUGUCUGUGAUUGCUCUUUAAAGAGCCUACUAGUGUGGCUAAAUGAAACCAAUGUAACCCUAGCUGGCUCAGAAUCUGACAGGUACUGUGCCUACCCACCUCAAUUUGCAGGGGUACCACUGUCGUAUCUGGAAUACGAUGGUUGUGAUGAAGAUGAACUCCAGGAGGCACUCAGGUUCUCACUAUUCAUCUUCCUCUCUGUCACCCUUCUCAUGUUUCUGGUGUCAGCCAUCAUUUUUACUCGCUGUCGGGGGAUUUGUUUUAUCUGGUAUAAAACUAUCGCCAAAAAAAUAAUAGCCAACCGUCCACAAGUAACAGAUAAAAGUGAAUACAGAUAUGAUGCGUAUCUGUGCUACAGCAAAAAUGACUUUGAAUGGGUCCAGAAUGCUUUGCUAAAGCACCUGGAUUCACAGUAUUUGGAUAAAAACAGAUUUACCUUGUGUUUUGAGGAAAGAGACUUCUUGCCUGGGGAAGAGCAUAUCAGUAAUAUUCGUGAUGCCAUUUGGAACAGCAGGAAAACAAUUUGUGUUGUGACCAGGCAGUUUCUCAAAGAUGGGUGGUGUGUGGAAGCCUUCAAUUUUGCCCAGAGCAGGUACUUCUCUGACCUGAAAGAUGUCCUCAUAAUGGUAGUGGUUGGGUCACUUUCUCAAUAUCAACUGAUGAAACACAAACCAAUUCGAAACUUCUUACAAAGGAGUCAGUAUUUGCGGUGGCCUGAAGAUUAUCAAGAUGUAGACUGGUUUUUAAAUAGCCUUUCUUCCCAAAUUCUGAAGGAAAAAAAGGUGCAAAAGAAAGCCAAUGGUAUUGAGCUGCAGACUGUAGCAACUGUGUCACACUGACAGUGUGGCAAAUAUCUGACACUGACAUUCCUGGCAAAUAUCCCAUUUCUGGCUGUGCCAUGGCAGGAGUAAACAGAAGUUUGGAUCAUCUUUCCUUGAAAAGACAGGCAGAGAACUGAUUCAGUAUAAAUCCUACAAAACAUAGAGACAGCUUGAAAGCAACGAGCAAAUAGAUCAAAGUACAAUUAUUUUACGGACUGUGACACACAUUUUUCAGAAGAAUUAAAUGAAUCACAGACACUCCACAUUUUGGAUGUUCAUCUUCAGAGAAUUCAGUUCUGAUUUUCAGAGUACUACCUACUUACAGGUGGGUUUCAGUUAGAGAAGGAUGCUUAUGGUUAUUUUUAUAAACAGAGCCCAUGGAGUGACCAAAUAUUGCUUUCAGGCACUGCCUGACCAUCGGUUCAUGGACUGUUUCUGUGCUUUCUGAACUUUUAACUUUAUGCUCCAUUUCAAAGCAGAAUCAUUGUUUUGCACCUUUGUGCUUAAAAUUGUUGUAACACAGACUUCAUUUGUUUGUUUCCUCCUCCAUUACCCUCAGCUUCUCAAUGGGAACGUAACAAACUUUGGACUUCAUUCGUGCCCUUCCCCUUCACAACUUCUGUUACCGUAAAACUACAGUCAUUGGUUUACCUCAUUUGCUGCUGUUUCAGCCUGGUGCUUUUUCAGUUGAGCUGCCUUCUGCCCUGCAGAGAGGAACAGGCAUUCCCUUUGGAUCUGAAGCAAGCCUAGGCUUGAAAAGCAAACAGGAGACUACCUCAGUAGCUGUGCAGGCUGUACACCGACCCAGUGACUGACAGACAGCUUUGGCAUUCCGGGAUUAGGAAGUACACUUGCACUUUGUAAUUGGACUGUGUCAUUUGGGUUGGUUCUCAGCACAUCCUGUGUCCUGAUCAAUUCUAAGGUGUUUUUCUGCUUCUACUGAAAUGUUUUUCUGGGGUCAUUAAUGCCUGGUAGUCUCUUACUUCUCUAAUUAUUUUCCCACUGUUUGCUCAGGUGUGUCUUCAAGAUGUUGUUCAGGGGCAUUUUAACAGAAGUCUGACUCGGUGUUCACUGAUACAGAACCUGCACCUAUUAUUUUGACUGUGACAUACUCCUUGAGUGUACUGUUCAUCUCUGUACAUUUAUUCAACAAAAGACUACCAAAAUACUUUCAGCAGGGCCUCAGCAAGGCUUUUUGCUGUAGUGAGGAAGCAGGGAUGGGAGGUUUUAUAAGUUGUCUAUAUUGACCUUAGCUGCAAACAAAUAAUACCAUCCAAGCUGUUUUGACAGAGACGAAAAAGUACAAUCCACUUCACAUGAAUGCAGUCAUUUGAACAUAGAUGCGCCUGUGGCUGAUCUAAUUUACUCUCAGCACACCAAUAUACAGGAUUUCUAUUGAUAAAAUUACUACAGUUACUACAGUAUUUCUUCCCUCUCAAUCAGUGUAGUCAUUCAGGAAGAGGGAAUUGGCUAAACCUUGGAAUAUUUCUCAGGCGGCACGGGACACGGGGUUGCAGAUCGAAGAAGGGAUGGACUGAGCUGGGGAAUCCCUGGGUGUCGCUGUUGGCUCAGGUAACAGCCCGGGUUUCCAGAACCCCUCCUGCCUCCCCGCCACUGCAGCUGCCGGCAGUGGGGGAAGACGGUGCUGCAGAGUGAGGGCUAGGGAAUCAUCAGCAGCCCGGGCUUCCCAGAGCCCCCCUGGCCGAUCAGAAAAGCCACCCCGGGGCGUUUCAGGAAUGCGUCUGUACAAUGAAGAUCGUCUGCAGGUCCAGGUUGUUUGUGCAUCUGUACGUGGUGUAAGAGUUGGGGAUUUUAAAAGCUCCCUUAGAAAUUAUAUUUGAAUGAUUGUCACAACACGUUUUUUCGUCAAGUGUUGAUUAAGAGCCCUCUCCAGCUUGGACCUUACUGUACACUUGCAAGGCACUCCUAUCACUUCAGGAAGUUAAAACUUACUUCUGCUAACCUACAUGUGCAGGGAUGACGAGUACAUACAGAGAUGUCUUUAACUAUGGCUCUUCCAUUUCAUUUGAAAUGCUGCUGUCUAGCUCGUGCUUAUGCCACUGGCGGGAGGCGGGUACAUAAAGGUUGCAUUUACUUCAGUCUUUGGAAAGGUCUGUCAUUUUACAUAAAGGUUUUAAUAAAACUUUUGCAUGAAA